AUGUCCAACCAAAUCCGCACCAUCUCCCCCUCCACACACGAAGUCAUCUUCGACAAGCCGGGCACAUCUCUCGAAGAAGCCAAGACUAUUGCCAUAGCCUCCAAGAAGGCCUUCGAGUCAUAUCGCACCAUCCCACUCGACAAGAAGAAGGAUAUCGUCAAGAAGGCCCUCGAUAUCAUUGAACAACGGCUCGAUGUGCUGGCCAAGGAAAUCACCAUCCAGAUGGGUCGUCCCAUUCGGUACUGUGCGGGUGAAAUCAAGACCGCCAUUAUGCGUGCAAACCACCUGCUCGACAUCGCAGAGAAGAGUCUUGCCGAUCUUCCCGGAAAGUCAGAAGCCGGCUUCAAGCGCUUUGUGAAGCAGGUCCCCGUCGGCCCGGUGCUGAUUGCUUCAGCCUGGAAUUACCCAUACCUGACUCUUAUUAAUGCUCUUGUACCAGCACUUCUGGCCGGUGACUCUGUCAUCCUGCGCGUCUCACCACAGACACCGAUUUUUGGAGACAGAAUCUUUGAAAUCUUCACUGAAGCUGGCCUACCAAAGGACGUGCUUCAGGUUGCGCACAUCGGCAGCUUGGACGUUUUAGACCAAGUUGCCCAGCUUCCUCAGAUCCAAUCUGUUUCUUUCACUGGUUCAACUCUUGGUGGUAUUAGACUGCGCGAGGCUACAGCCCGUCAGAUUAAGCCUAUCAACCUCGAGCUGGGUGGUAACGACCCUGCCUAUGUACGCGAAGACGUUGACGUUAAGGAUGUUGCCGAGAACCUGGUAGACGGAGCUGUUUUCAAUUCCGGACAAAGUUGCUGCUCCGUGGAGCGAGUAUACGUGCAUGAAAAGAUUUACGAUGAAUUUGUCCGCUACGUGCAGGAGGAACUCAAGAACUACAAAUUGGGAGAUCCAUUGGAUGAGACCACAACUACUGGCCCCGUCGUCUCAGCUGCAGCAAAGGAGAAGAUCCAAUCUCACAUCGACGAAGCCAUCAGCAAGGGCGCUGUCAACUCAACUCCCGAAAAUGAAACUUUCACUCUGGCUAAGACGGCUAAGAAGGGCAACUUCAUCGCACCCGUCGUUCUGACCAAUGUCAGCCACAACAUGAUUACCAUGAAAGAAGAGACAUUUGGUCCUGUCAUGCCUAUUAUGAAAGUGUCUAGUGAUGAAGAGGCUGUUGCAUUGAUGAACGACAGUGACUACGGUCUGACAGCUAGUGUCUGGACAAAGGAUAUCGCCCGCGGCGAAGAAUUGAUCGAUAGCAUUGAAGCCGGUACAGUGUUUAUUAACCGCUGUGAUUAUCCCAGUCCUGACCUUGCCUGGACUGGCUGGAAAGCCUCUGGUCUCGGCUGUACCCUUGGACCCCGUGGCUACGACGGAUUUGUCAAGUUGAAGAGCUACCACGUCAAGGGAGUUUCGGCUUAG